CAGGGCGGCAGCAUGGAGGCUAUUCGGCUCUCCGAUUGGCCGCAUCCGCCGUCAAUCACCUCCCCUUUUGAUUGCUCGGCAGCACCUCCCACAGACGCACAGCGGCAGCGCAGCUUCAACCGACAAUGAUAUUCAAGGCACUUGCGGCUCGUCUGCAGCGAUAGGAGGAAAAGGGGAGAGAAAGAGAGAACCUCACCUCCUCAAGCGGCGAGUGAGAUUUCGACAUGUCAUCGUCCGGUAAAGACAACAGCGGUGCCCAACAUGCCAAUUACGUGGGACCUUACCGUUUGGAGAAGACGCUCGGGAAAGGACAGACAGGGUUGGUCAAGCUUGGAGUCCACUGUGUAACAUGCCAGAAAGUCGCCAUAAAGAUUGUCAACCGUGAGAAACUCAGUGAGUCAGUACUAAUGAAGGUGGAGCGAGAAAUAGCUAUUCUGAAGCUCAUAGAACACCCACACGUUUUAAAGCUACAUGACGUCUACGAAAAUAAAAAAUACUUGUAUCUUGUGCUAGAACAUGUGUCUGGUGGUGAGCUGUUUGACUACUUGGUGAAGAAAGGCAGGUUAACGCCUAAAGAGGCCAGGAAAUUCUUCAGACAGAUCAUGUCAGCCCUGGAUUUUUGCCACAGUCAUUCCAUAUGCCACAGGGAUCUGAAGCCAGAGAACCUGUUGCUAGAUGAAAAGAACAACAUCAGGAUAGCAGACUUUGGCAUGGCUUCCCUUCAGGUUGGAGACAGUCUGCUGGAAACCAGCUGUGGAUCUCCACACUAUGCCUGUCCAGAGGUCAUCAGGGGAGAGAAGUAUGACGGGAGGAAAGCAGACGUCUGGAGCUGUGGGGUCAUUCUUUUUGCCCUGUUGGUGGGCGCCCUGCCGUUUGAUGAUGACAACCUGAGGAAUCUUCUGGAGAAGGUGAAGUUGGGAGUGUUUCACAUGCCACACUUCAUCCCUCCAGACUGUCAGAACCUUCUCCGCGGCAUGAUCGAAGUGGAUGCUACCAAAAGACUAACGUUAGAACAGAUCCAGAAGCACACAUGGUACAUAGGGGGGAAGAACGAACCAGAGCCAGAGCAGCCUGUGCCCAGGAAGGUGACCAUCCGCAGCCUGCCCUCUGCGGACGAUAUCGACCCAGACGUGCUGGACAGCAUGCACUCCCUGGGCUGCUUCAGAGACAAAAACAAACUACUGAAAGACCUGCUCUCGGAUGAUGACAACCAAGAAAAGAUGAUCUACUUCCUGUUGCUGGAUCGUAAGGAGAGAUACCCAAGUCAGGAGGACCAGAACCUUCCCCCUCGCAAUGAGAUUGAUCCUCCAAGGAAGCGGGUGGACUCUCCCAUGUUGAACCGUCACGGCAAGAGGAGACCGGAGAGGAAGUCCAUGGAGGUCCUCAGUGUUACAGACGGAGGCUCGCCUGUGCCUGCCAGGAGGGCUAUUGACAUGACGCAGCAUGGACAAAGGUCGCGGUCUAUUAGUGGAGCCUCCUCUGGCCUCUCCACCAGCCCCCUCAGCAGCCCACGGGUUACCCCCCACCCCUCCCCACGGGGCAGCCCCCUCCCCACCCCAAAGGGCACCCCAGUGCACACACCCAAGGACAGCCCAGCCGGGACACCCACCCCGACGCCGCCCCCCAGCCCCUCCAUCGGAGGCAUGCCGUGGAGGACACGCCUCAACUCCAUCAAGAACAGCUUCCUGGGCUCACCACGCUUCCACCGCAGGAAACUCCAAGUUCCCACACAAGAGGAGAUGUCCAGCCUCACACCAGAGUCUUCCCCAGAACUUGCCAAAAAAUCCUGGUUCGGUAACUUCAUCAACCUGGAAAAAGAGGAGCAGAUCUUCAUUGUCAUCAAAGACAAGCCUCUCAGCUCCAUCAAGGCGGACAUUGUUCAAGCCUUUCUCUCGAUCCCCAGCCUAAGCCACAGUGUGAUCUCUCAGACCAGCUUUCGAGCAGAGUACAAGUCCACAGCCGGCCCUACGGUCUUCCAGAAGCCGGUCAAAUUUCAGGUGGACAUCACCUACACGGAGAGCACAGCUGCUACUAAGGAGAAUGGCAUCUACUCCGUCACCUUCACCCUGCUCUCAGGACCCAGCCGGCGCUUUAAGCGAGUAGUGGAGACGAUUCAGAGCCAGUUGUUAAGCACACAUGACCAGCCCGGGGUCCAGCAGCUGUCUGACGAGAAGAACGGACAGGUGCCCUACCCCUCUGGCACGCCCUCCAAGCACUGCCCCUCGCCCAUGCACGCCCGGAGGCACGAGCCAGAAAAUAAUGACACCAAAUGCCCCUCAGGCCGAGACAGAGCCAAGUUGUCGGUGGCGUCUGUGGGGACACAGGAGGAGUCUUAAACUGAGACACUGUGUAGUCGAGCCAGUGCUAAAAACCCAUCCCAGUAUCACUAUAAGCCAGCGGCGCAGAGAGAAUAUUCUAUCUGUACAUAGCUAGAUGUAUAUAAUAAUCAUUUAUGGACUUUUUUUGUAUAAAUGACUUUAUAUAUAGAUAGAAAUAUAUUGAGAGAAUCAAAGUGGUAUUUUACAAACAGCAUACUGCACCUACAUUACAAACACAUUCCUGUCCUUCCAUUCCCCUUGUCAUCACCCCAUAGUGUCCACCAUUAUCAUCCACCCCUCUACCCCAACACUCAUCGCCUGUGGCCCUGCUGUUUUGUUUUUCUUUUUGUUUUACUUUUUUUUUUGGCUCCCUUUGCUGCUAACCUGUGUGAUGACCUGACUUGUUUCUGAUACCAGGAAUUAUCCAGAAAACCUAUUAAGUCCCUCCUCCUGCUCCCUGCUCCGUUCGCCCUCCCUCGACUGCCCCUCCGCAACCUGCAUCCCCCCGACCACCCGGCCCCACCACCACCACCAGAGUGCGCCGAGAGAGACGGACAUUUGUUGACGGAGGACUGCUUUUAAAGGUGUGCUCAGAAAAGGGUGUUGGUGGUGGUGGUGGUGGUGGUGGAGGGAGAGGGGGUUACCAUGGAAACAGACCCUUCACGCAGACUUCUACCUUCAUCUCCCUCUGCGCCCGCUUUCUACACCUCUGGCAGCCAUCAGUAGAAGUGGCUGAAAAUACCUUUAGUGUUCCCCAAUCUUAGGAAAAAACACACAAACACACACACACGUGCACAACCCAUCCACACGCAUCCCGAGGAAACACGAACGCACACCCCACCCCCUCACAGACCGGCCCCCCUUUUCCCCUCUUUUCGGGUUUAAGGAGCAUUGAUUAAUUGGAAACAAACAAGCAUUUUACAAAAAGACAAAAAAAAAAAACAAAA